UUGGAAGUUUUUUUUUCGUAUGCCGGGAAUUGCAUUGUUUUCAUGAUCCACCAGCUGACUGGAAAGUAGGAAGGUCUUGUCUUGACUCGUUUCUUUGUCCAUUUGACCACCUUCUACCCCCUUUUUGGUGCUUGAAAGCCGUGAACACAGAGUAGGGUGAUCCAGUGUAUAGCCCACCAUCUCCAAAUAAGGGCACCAGUGGUGAAUUCAGUGCAAAUCACGCUCCAGACAAGUUCGCCUACGUGAAAGUUGUUCGCAUUUCUCUUGUUUUGUGUGAUUCAUUUGGUUCUUUUCUGCCACAGACAAUGGCCAAAGUAAUUAGCCAGGAGACUUUUGAUGACACUGUGAAGGAAAAUGUGGUGGAAUUCGAGAUGUCUGUUGAGGAAGCCAAGGAAGAAACCAUCAAACAGUUCCAGGCUCAAGGAGUCAAUCUGGGAAAUAUAAUUGUAGAUCUCAAAGUGAAUAGUACCACAGGAAGACCAAUUGUAUUGGAAAAAAUUGAUGAAUUGAAAAAGAUUGAGGAAAUAAGUGAAGGGAAUAGAAAAGACUUCCUAGAAAUUAUUCAAGUGAUCUCUGAGGAAUGUUCCAAGACACUUCCACAUCGAGUUCUUGCUGCUAAAAAUGGAGCUAAUGGUGCUCUCUUGAAAAUCCUAAGGAAUGCCUUGGAUGCAGAACUGAGAGAUCAAGAAAUUCUCCGGAAAGUCGUGGAGAAUUUUAGUAUUCUCUCUGAGAAGCAACCAGAUAUCUUCACGCACGAGUGUCUGGAUGUAGCAAUACGUCUCCUUCAGACGGAAACUGAUGAAACGGUCGUCCGGGAAUGUCUCAGAUGGCUGCAGAAAGUCUGUGUUCUUCAUGAAAUGAAUCGGCAAAUGAUUGUCGAAGGAGACACAGUUAAACACUUUAAAGUAUUUCUCACCACAAAAUCCCCAAUAAUGAUCCGGGAAUUGUGCUCUCUUUUCCGGAAUCUCGUCCUGGAUGACGAUAUUCGCGUUGAGUAUGGCAAAGCUCAUGAACAUGCUCGCAUUAUUGCUGAAUCCUGUCUCACAGAUCUCACAAAAUUGCUCUACGAUUUCAAAGGUGAUAGAGAUGUUGUGAGCGAUCUUUUGCUGACCAUUGCUACGUUGACGGUCAGGAAUGAAUAUUGCCUGGUUGUGGAAGAUGCAGGAGGACUGAAAUUUACUCUAAUUGCAAUGGCUGAACACUCUGACUGUUUAAAACUCCUCAGAGAGGGCUUGAAAUUUCUCAAGGCUCUGGCUGGGAAUGACAGUGUGAAAGUGAAAAUCAUUCAGCAGGGAGCAGCACCUUUGAUAACUAGCCUCCUGAACACCCACCGCAAUAAUGAAUCCCUCGUGCGACAUGCUCUAGCAGCAAUUGCGAUGCUGACGUUGCGCGUGAAAGAGAACAGUCAGGCUUUCUUCGAUGCUGGAGCAGCUGAAGUUAUCGUGGAGUGCAUGAAGAUACAUGAAAAGAGCAAAUUUGUCCAGAGAUCCGGAGCCCAUUCCAUCCGAAAUAUGGUUUCUCGUUCAAGAGAUCAGUGUAACGCCUUCAUUUCUCAGGGGGCUGAGGAUGUCCUCAAUUUGGCGCUCAAAGAGCAUCCCAAUAUUGCAUAUGAUGUAAAAUCGGCUCUGAGAGAUCUGGGCGUCAGUGUUCACCUCAAUGAAGAGUGGACGGGAAAAGCUGAGAAGGCCAUUGCCAAGUAAUUUCUAGCAGCACGAUCGCAAUUUGUCAAGCUUUCACACUUCAUCGGUCUUAAGACAUUAACUUAAACUCGUAUUUUCCUUUUUUUUACAACACACCUUUUUACAAGACUAAUAAAUGUUACUUAUAAAAGUAGAUUUAUCAAAACAUUGA